AUCAUUUAUGAUAUAAUGACAGUUUUGUCUAAUUUUAAUACAUGAUGGACAUUACCUGUAUUUUUAUGUCUAUACUUAUGAUUGUCGCUGAUGGCUUCAUCGUGCACGGUCCCUCUGGUCCUGUGAUUGCUCCUCUGGGAUCUUCAGUGGUUUUGCCCUGUUAUGUUGAUGAACUCUUACUAAUGGAGGGUCUGGAGGUGGAAUGGAGAAGAACAGACUCAGAGGCUCUGGUUCAUCUGUAUCAAGAUGGUGAGAGUCGACCAGAGGCCCAGCAGCAGGAGUAUCAUGAUAGAGCUAAUUUCUUUACUGAUCAGAUCCAUCAUGGAAACUUCUCUCUCCGUCUGGACAAUCUGAGAGCUGAAGAUGAGGGACGAUACACAUGUAGAGUUUACAGUCAGCAGGAUUCUGGUGAGACUGUGGUUCAAAUAAAACAUGAGCGUUUGCUAGUAUCAGGAUCAGAUCAGUCUGUUUCUGCAUAUGAUGGUGAGGACGUCACUCUGAGCUGCUCUGUAGACUCUCACAUCACACCUGAACACAUUGAGGUUUCAUGGAUAAGGACAGAUGGAGAUAUUCCAGUUCUGCUCUUCCAAAACAAUGAGCCUUUACCAGAUUCAUCAGAUGAACAAUACAGAGACAGAGUUGAGUUCUUCACUGCUGAGAUCCCCAAAGGAAACUUCUCUCUCAGACUGAAGAGUGUCAGAACUGAGGAUAAAGGAGUUUACAUGUGUUUAGUGUUUGCUGGAGAUCUUUCAGCCAAUGCAACUGCAGAACUGGAGCAACUGGGUGUCUCUUCUUGGCACAUAGCUGUGUUAUUUUUCUGUUUUGCUGCUGGAUUUGGAGCUGUGCUUCUGCUCUGCUGUCUGAUCUACUGCAGAUCAAAAAACACUGUCACCAGCAGCAUGAUCAGGAAUCUUCAGGUUUCUCUGGUCUUUUAUCCAAACAUCUGUAUGUUCUUUGCCUUCAUGCUUUGGGGCUUUACUGAAGGAUCUCUGCAUGAGACUGUCCCCUGCUGUGCCCUUUAUAUUCUGAGGCCUGUUUUUUUGAUUUGGGCUUUGCACUAUUUGAAGUAUCUUCAAGUCAAUCAUAACUCAUGGAUCAGGUUUUUCAGAAUAACACAUGAACUUGCUGUUCUUACAGUCGUUGUUUAUUCAGUUCUUUUUGCAUAUGGCUGGAGAAUUAGUGCACAUGAUACAAACUAUAGACGCCGUAUAUUCUCAGGAAUGUGCUUUGGAUUUGUUGUGCUCUUCUGUCUCAUCCUGAGUGGAGCGAUGAUACUGUCCAGGGACAUGAGAGCAGAAAUGGCGGAUAAAAUCAUGCGGCUCUCCGCACUUUGUAUGUUGUUGUUGUUGUCUUUUCCCCAAUUGUUCCAGAUGGUCUACUCAUUAGGACUUCCCUCUUUAGUGUUUCUUAUUGUGCCAUUUGUUCAACCACUGUUGCUGUUCUGUAUACCACUUUUACCUCUUCUGCAAGCAAGAUUUAAAUUUCUUCGCCGCAGAUGGAUACAAAUUUUGUAUAUAAUAAUAAUGACACUCCUGGAUAUCAUCCUAGUGAUUUAUGCUCAUCUAGUCAUAUUGGAAAGGGAGAAAGAGUACUUGGAAUGGACCUGUGUCAUUUUAUUUCUUGAAGUUCUGAAGAUAACCGUGGUCGUUGAAAACCAUGUACAAGAACGUUUAGGAGUCCUGAGACGACGACAGACUGAGUCAAGCCAACAAGGAUCAAAUACGUUCUCUCUCUGUAGUGAAAUCAUGUUCAUGUUUGGAGCAGUUGGUCUUGUUUUGUUGAACUCUGUUACACUGACAGCAGAACUGAUCCUGAAAGCACGAAAUGGUGAGCGUGUCAUGAAGGAUAUGAGAGUCAUUGUCUUCCCUUCUGAAAGUGUUUUUGUCUUGUAUUGGCUGAUUUUACAAAUGCGUGCUUUCUUGAGGAUUGUUACAGCUGGAUCUACACACAAUCAAAGGAACUCACAUCAAAGAGGUCAACUCGGGAAUACACCAGAGACUCGUGAAAUGGAGAAUCUGUCUGCAGCUGAUCCUGAUGUUUCACAGACAAAGACAUGAGAAACAGUCUUUCACAUUUAUCCUGUACUCUGACUGCUCUGUCUGUCUGCAAAAGAGUUCCUCUGCAGUAAAAACCAACAAGCUGAGACUGAAAACUAAAUUGUAAAGCAGAGAGUCUAGUGAUAUUCUGUUACAAAUAACUUAAUAAUUUUGUAUUGGUUGCCACAUCAAAAGUAAAACAUGCUGUAUUUUUGUAACAGUAUUAAGUUUAUUGUAAUAGUUAUUAUGAACAAGAAGUAUUUUUUUUCAUAAACAGAUUGAGGUACAGCUUUUAUGUAAAUUUGGUGUGUUAUUAAAAAUGUGUUCAUUCAUCUUUGAGUAUUUAGUUAAAUAUGAAGGAGCUAAUAUUGCUGACGUUAAACAGAUCUGUGCCAAAAUCUAUGCAAAAAUAUUUAUGUAACAUUUAAAACGAACAAGCCGCUUGUAAAGUGUCUUUUAAUUGCUAUAGUUUAUGUGUGUGUACGUGCAGUUCAAAUAAUAAUAAAUGUUGAGAGUGCUUUCUAUUGAAGUCUCCAAGAUCAUGAGAUAUAAUCAUCAUAUACUGUAUAUAUACUGUAUAUAUGUCAUGAUAAAAAUCAUGAGACCACGAAUAACAAUUUCUCUUAUUUGUCUUUAGUUUCAUCACAUUGAUUUGUUGUCAUCAAUAUAUAUGCAUGACGUUAUCUUAUGAGCCCCGGUGCAAAAACACUUGAUGGACCUCUUGUCACCCCUGUCCUCUG